AUGGCUGCCGACCGAGGCCAUCGAGCGUGUUUGGGCGCACAUGUCGGCAAAGAGCUGCGGGAGCUGGAGCUGGCGCUGCCGUCGGCCUGUCCCGACGACACGGCCGCUCUCCUCGACGCACUGCAAGCGCAGUGGCGAGAGCGCAUCCGUCGCGACGUCCGGAGCCUCAACCACAAGCUGGACUCGAGCAAAUACUUUGCCAAUGCGUCCGAGGCGACGACGUUCAUUGCCACGACGCGGGUCGCCACGUGCUACCGGCGCGCGUACUGGGAGCACCAAUUCCGGAAGCGGCUCGUCCAGCACGAUAUGGACCACGUUGCCGGCGCCGCGGAGAACGAUGACGACGUUCCAUUGUUCCUCUUCAGCGGUGUCGUCCACCACGUCAAGGUACGCGGACGCGAAAUGACGCGCGCCAACGUCGACGUGCUUCUGUCGCUGCCCAGCAUCGAGCGCCUCGAGCUGCACCACGCCCAGGUCUCGGACGACUUGUGGCGCCUCCUAAGCGAGCUCAUUGAGGCGCUGCCGGCGCUGCGCGAGGUCUGCCUUCUUCACAGCAAGCUGCCCACCGUGGCGCCACUUCUCGCGGCCAUGGCUCGGCGGCGCGGCCGCCCCAUCGACGUGCUUGGCUUCUCGUCCGUCAAGAUGUCGUCCAUCGCGCUUCGAGAGAUUGUGGCUGCUUUUCAACGCGAUGGUGGCACUGGGCUUUGCCGUCUGCGCCUCAACAACUCGGUCACGGACGUUGCCGGCGUCAAUGCUCUCGUCGCCAGCGGCAGUCGCGCGCUUGACACUCUCGUGCUGCAGUUCAACGAGCUCGAAGACGAUGUGCUUGAAGACUUGACGGAACCAUCGAGUCGUCUUCAGCACGUGUCGCUGGCGCACAACUGCCUCACCAAUGUCGGUCCCCUCGCGCAUUGCCGCCAGCUGCUGGCGCUCGAUCUAAGCGGCAACGAACUCGGCGACACCAGGGCGUCUCAGAUGGCAACGGACGUCUUGCCGCACUUGACCAACUUGAGAGAGCUCUACCUCGUCAACUGCGCCAUCACGGAUCUCGGCGUCACGGUGCUCCUGCCAGCGAUUACGACGCAGGCCCACAUUGCGACGCUCAAUCUCAGUCGCAACUACGUCGGCCCAGCGUUUGGCACGGAGCUGAGUGCCUUUAUUGCAAGCAACGCGGUCGUGCACACGCUCCACCUGAGCUCGAUCGGGCUCGGUGACGUGCCACCGUCGCCGCUCUUGGUUGCGUUGGCGUCCAAUCGCACGCUGCGACGCCUAUCGCUCGGCGAGAACCGCCUGCGGAACCAAGGCGCGGUCGCCGUCUUCCGCGCACUUUUGCAGCGCGCGGCGUUGCUUCCGUUCGACGCCGUGGACCUCCGCGGCAACUUGCUCAGCGAUGAUGGGCUCCAAAGCCUCGUGGCAGCAACGUCCGGACGCAAGCGCAAGGCGUCGCAGCUCACGUGGUCGUCGGACGCGCACCUGAUCGACGAGCUCAACCUCCAGGACAACGUGUUUCAACCCGAGACUGUUCUAGAGGCUUCUCAGCGCUUUGCUCCUUGCAUCCAGCAUGUCUUCAUGAGCCACGUGGAGCCCGCGUCGGCGUUCGCGUACGACGAUGAAGCCUAG